AUGCGCCACUCUGCCCUGCUCUGCCAGCCUGCCCCCUGUAGUGACCCUUCUGUGGAGCUCCGCAGGCCUUCAUGCAAGCAGAGACGGCUUGCACCGCCAGAGGCUCCAGGCUGCCAAGGCGCCGUAUCCUUUGCUGUGCUGGGUGGCCGGGCAGGCCUGGCUGGAGGCAGCGACCAGUGCCUGGGCACGGGAGUCCGUUUGUGCAGGACGCCUCUGCAUCUUGCUUGUGCGAACGGCCACGCAGAUGUCGUUCACUUUCUGGCAGGAAAGAAGUGCAAGCUGAACCCUCGUGGCAUGUAUAAGAAAACACCACUGAUGCUGGCAGUACAGCACCAGCACAAGGACUGCGUGACCGCUCUGCUGGAGCACGGUGCCGACGCCGACCGCAAAGGUGCCGGCGGCAACACUGCCCUUCACAUGGCUGCCCUCAUGCCCAGCAAAGCGAUGGUGGAGCUCUUGCUCGAGCACAAUGCCCAGAUUGAUGCUCGGAAUGACUUAGGAUACACUCCGCUUGCCGUCGCGAUCAUCGAGCGCCGUGAAGAGAUGGUCGAGUUCCUCCUUGAAAAGGGAGCCGACGUGAACGCUCGAGAUAUUCAUCAAAGGUGAAGUUUUGUCAAAAGCGUGCGUGGGACUGCUGAGCGUUGUUCAGAUGGGCUGGAUGGGAGCCAUAGGAAUGAGCUUUGGAAAAGAACCAGGAGCUGCCCAGAAGGAGCUCCUUCUGUGCCCCUUGUGAAA